UAUUGUCUCCUUCUUCCCUUGCGCUGCACCCACCGGAUCCAAGUGCUGCACACUGACCCAGCGCAAUGGCUCGAUUCCUGGAUAUGGCAGAGUUUGGAGAAGCCGCUCGUUACCUCCGUCUCACCAACCUGGAGCAGUUAGCCGCCAAGGCCCAGGCUUUUGAUGGUACAAAGCGCGUGUGGAUGCCAGACGACGUUGAAGCCUAUAUUGAAGUGGAGAUCAGAGAGCUGAAUGGAGACAAGACGACUGUGGAGACUAAAGACGGGCGGUUUCUAAUAGUGAAGGAGGACGACCUGCAGCCUAUGAACCCUCCUAAGUUCGACAUGCUCGAGGACAUGGCCAUGCUGACGCACCUCAACGAAGCUUCUGUCCUCUUCAACCUGAAACGGCGCUACAGCAUGUGGAUGAUCUACACCUACUCAGGUCUGUUCUGUGUGACAGUCAACCCCUACAAAUGGCUGCCCGUUUACUCUGCUGAGGUGGUAGCGGCUUAUAAAGGGCGUCGGCGCGCAGACACGCCGCCCCACAUCUACGCCAUCGCUGACAACGCCUACACUGACCUGCUGCAGAAUCGUGAGAACCAGUCGAUGCUCAUCACCGGCGAGUCAGGUGCAGGGAAAACAGUCAACACCAAGAGGGUGAUACAGUACUUUGCCAUCGUCGCUGCUCUGGGAGAAAAUGUGAAAAAAGGAGGGUCUUUGGAGGAUCAGAUUAUUGAAGCAAAUCCGGCCAUGGAGGCGUUUGGCAACGCAAAAACCAUCCGCAACGACAACUCUUCUCGCUUUGGAAAGUUUAUAAGAAUUCACUUUGGACCGACAGGGAAGUUGGCAUCUGCUGACAUCGACAUCUAUCUUCUGGAAAAAUCCAGAGUUGUGUUCCAGCAGCCAGGAGAGAGAAGCUACCACAUUUACUACCAGAUCCUGUCCAAUCACAAGCCGGAACUACAAGACAUGCUGCUGGUGACGACCAACCCGUUCGACUACCACUUCUGCUCCCAGGGUGUGACCAAGGUCGAAGGAAUUGAUGACGGAGAGGAGCUGAAGCUCACUGAUCACGCCAUGGACACACUGGGCUUUACUCCUGAGGAGAAAUACGGCUGCUAUAAGAUUGUUGGUGCCAUCAUGCACUUUGGGAACAUGAAGUUCAAGAAGAGACAGAGAGAGGAGCAGGCCGAGGCCGACGGCACUGAAAGCGUGGAUAAGGCAGCCUAUCUGAUGGGAAUCAGUUCUGCUGACCUGCUCAAAGGCCUGCUCAACCCCCGAGUCAAAGUUGGAAAUGAGUUUAUUGUGAAAGGACAGACUGUAGAACAGGUGAACUAUGCGGUGGCAGCUCUGGCCAAAGCCGUCUAUGACCGUAUGUUCAAGUGGUUGGUGAGUCGCAUCAACUCGUCUUUGUACACCGCCCUGCCUCGUCAGUACUUCAUCGGAGUCCUCGACAUAGCUGGCUUCGAGAUCUUUGAGUUUAAUAACUUUGAGCAGCUGUGUAUCAACUUCACCAACGAGAAGCUGCAGCAGUACUUCAACCACCACAUGUUCAUCCUGGAGCAGGAGGAGUAUAAAACGGAGGGGAUAGAGUGGACCUUCAUAGACUUCGGCCUGGACCUGCAGGCCUGCAUCGAUCUCAUAGAGAAGCCAAUGGGUAUUCUGUCCAUCAUGGAGGAGGAGUGCAUGUUCCCCAAGGCUACAGACCAUAGCUUUAAAACCAAACUCUACGACAACCAUCUGGGGAAGUCACCCAACUUCCAGCGGCCACGACCGGACAAGAAGCGCAAAUAUGAGACGCACUUUGAGCUGGUUCACUACGCUGGAGUGGUGCCGUACAACAUCACAGGCUGGCUGGAUAAGAACAGAGACCCUCUGAACGAGACGGUGGUGGCGCUGUUCCAGAAGUCUUCCAACAAGCUGAUGGCCGGACUUUUUGAGAACUACAUCAGCUCUGAGAUGGCUGGUGAUCCAAAGGCAGAAACCAAACACAGGAAGAGGAAAGCUGCUUCAUUCCAAACAGUUUCACAGUUACACAAGGAGAAUCUCAAUAAGCUGAUGGCAAACCUCCGCAGCACUCAGCCUCACUUUGUUCGCUGCAUCAUCCCCAAUGAGUCCAAAAACCCAGGUGUGAUGGAUCCCUUCCUGGUCCUCCAUCAGCUAAGGUGUAAUGGCGUCCUUGAAGGGAUCAGAAUUUGCAGGAAGGGUUUUCCGAAUCGUAUCUUGUACGCAGAGUUUAAGCAGCGCUAUCGCAUCCUAAACCCUUCUGCGAUUCCAGAGGACUCGUUUGUAGACAGCAGGAAGGCUGUGGAGAAACUGCUGGGCUCCCUGGACAUAGAUCACACCCAGUACAAAUUUGGACACACUAAGGUGUUUUUUAAAGCGGGCCUAUUGGGUCAGUUGGAGGACAUGAGGGAUGACCGCCUUUCCCGGAUCCUCACCACCGUCCAGGCCAUGUCCAGGGGGAAGCUGAUGAGGAUGGAACGACAGAAGAUGAUGCGGCAAUGGGAUGCCGCAAUCGUGGUCCAGUUCAACCUCAGAGCAUUCUUCUCAGUCAGGACCUGGCCAUGGAUGAUGCUGUUCUAUAAGCUCCGCCCCCUGCUCAGGAGCGCCCAGGUGGAGAAGGAACUGGCUUCUUUGACUGAAGACUUUACCAAAUUAAAAGAGGCCUUUGACAAGUCGGAGGUGAAGCGUGUGGAUGCAGAGAAGCGACAGGUUGUUUUGGUUCAGGAGAAAAAUGACCUGACGCUGCAGCUUCAAGCUGAGCAGGACAACCUGACGGAUGCAGAGGACCGCUGCAACCAACUGAUCCAGUCAAAAAUCUCUCUUGAGUCGAAGCUGAAGGAGAUGCAGGAGCGUCUGGAGGAUGAAGAGGAGGUGAGCACCACACUGGCAUCCAAAAAGCGUCAGCUGGAGGACGAGGUGAUGUCAUUGAAGAGAGACGUGGACGACCUGGAGAUAACUCUGGCUAAAGUGGAGAAAGACAGACAUGGAGUAGAGAACAAGGUAAAGAACCUGUCCCAAGAGAUGUGUGUUCUGGAUGAAUCCAUAGCAUCUCUGAACAGGGAGAAAGCUGCUCUGCAGGAAGCUCACCAGCAGGCUCUCAGUGACCUUCAGGCUCAGGAGGACAAGGUCAACAUGCUGGCCAAGGCCAAGGCUCGGCUCGAGCAGCAAGUUGACAAUGUGGAAGGUUCUCUGGAGCAGGAGAAGAAGGCACGAAUGGAGCUGGAGAGAACUAAGCGGAAGCUGGAGGGGGAUCUGAAGCUGUCCAUGGACUCAGUGAGGGACUUGGAGAACCAGAAGGAAGAUCUUGAAGAUGGACUUAAAAAGAAAGACUUCGAGUUGGCUCAGCUUCAGUCUAAAAUGGAGGAUGAGCAGAGUUUGGUUGUCCAGCUUCACAAGAAGAUCAAAGAGCUUCAGACUCGUAUUGAAGAGCUGGAGGAGGCGCUGGAUGCAGAGCGGGCCUGGCGUUCCAAGGCUGAACGUCAGAGAAAUGACAUUGCCAAAGAGCUGGAGGAGCUAGGGGAGAAACUAGAGGAAGCAGGAGGAGCCUCUGCAGCUCAGAUCGCUCUGAACAGGAAGCGAGAGGCAGACUUCUUGAAGAUGCGGCGAGAGCUGGAGGAGGCGGGGCUUCACCACGAGGCGACAGCUGCCACUCUGAGGAAGAAGCACUCGGACAUGGUGGCCGAGCUGAGCGAGCAGAUUGACACCCUGCAGAGGGCCAAACAGAAACUGGAGAAAGAGAAGGUCGAGUUAAGGCUGGAAGCUGACGAUCUGGCUGCUAACGUGGAGCAGCUGUCUAGAAACAAGGGAGCUGUGGAGAAGAUGUGCAGAGUUUAUGAGGAUCAGCUGACUGAAAGCAGGAGCAAAGUGGGCGAGCUGCAGAGACAACUGACGGAGGUCUGUGCUCAGAAAGCACGAGCAUCUGCAGAGACGGCCGAGUACAGCCGCCGUGUGGAGGAACGAGACUCCCUGAUUGGUCAGCUUCAGCGCUCCAAGGCAGGAGUUUGUCAAAAUGUCGAUGAUCUGAAGAAGCAGAUGGAAGAGGAGAGCAAAGCUCGUGUAGCUCUGGCUCAUGCGGUGCAGGCGUCCCGUCAUGACUGCAGUCUGCUCAGAGAGCAGCUGGAGGAGGAGCAGGAGGCCAAGGCUGAACUGCAGAGGGCGCUGUCCCAGGCCAACAGCCAGGUGGUUCAGUGGAGAACCAAGUACGAGACUGAUGCCGUGCUCAGAAUAGAGGAACUGGAAGAGGCAAAGAAGAAGUUGGUUGUCAAACUGCAGACGGUUGAAGAAGCCGUGGAGGCAUCUCAGGCUAAAUGUUCCUCACUGGACAAAACCAAACAGCAUCUGCAGUCAGAGAUCGAAGACCUGACAGUUGAACUGGAGCGGUCCAAUGCUGCUGCUCUGGCUCUGGACAAGAAGCAACGCAACUUUGACAAGUUAUUGAGUGACUGGAAACUCCGGUUUGAGGAGAGUCAGACCGAGCUGGAGGCCUCACAGAAAGAGUCUCGCAGUUUGAGCACAGAGCUUUUCAAACUGAAGAACAGCUACGAGGAAGCUCUGGAUCAUCUAGAGACAGUCAAACGAGAAAACAAAAACCUACAAGAGGAGAUCCUGGACCUGACAGAGCAGAUCAGUCAGGGAGGGAAGGCCAUCUACGAGCUGGAGAGGAUGAAGAAGAUCCUCGAUGUGGAGAAGAGUGAUAUCAGAGCAGCUCUGGAAGAAGCAGAGGGGACUCUGGAGCACGAGGAGAGCAAAACAUUGAGAUUUCAGAUGGAGCUGCAGCAGAUAAGAGCUGAGAUCGAGCGCAGGAUUGCAGAGAAGGAUGAAGAGAUUGACAACCUCAGGCUGAGCCACCAGCGCUCCUUGGAAACCCUGCAGACAAAUUUGGAGGCAGAGGUUCGCAGCCGCACUGAGGCGGUUCGUCUGAGGAAGAAGAUGGAGUCUGACCUUAAUGAGAUGGAGAUGCAGCUUGCACAAGCUAACAGACAGGCAACCGAGAGCCAGAGGAUCAUCAGACACCUACAGACACAGGUUAAAGAGCAGCAGGUGGAGCUGGACGAUAAAGUGCAGUUGAGCAACCAGCUUAAAGAGCAGAUGGUCCUGUUGGAGCGUCGCUGCACUCUGAUGACGGCGGAGGAGGAGGAGCUGCGUGGUAUCCUGGAACAGACCGACCGUGGCCGUAAGAUGGCCGAACACGAGCUGGUAGAGGUUGCAGAGAGAGUCAACCUGCUCACUACUCAGAACGCAGGACUAGUGAAUCAGAAGAGGAAACUGGAGGUUGAUCUGUCUCUGCUGACAGGAGAAGUGGAUGAGGCCCUGCAGGAGAGCCGCAUUGCUGGGGAUAAGGCCAAGAAGGCCAUCACCGACGCAGCUAUGAUGGCAGAGGAGCUGAAGAAGGAGCAAGACAGCAGCACCAUGCUGGAGCGAAUGAAGAAGAACAUGGAGUCUACAGUUAAAGAGCUGCAGGUCAAACUGGAUGAGACUGAGCAGAUGGCCCUGAAGGGAGGAAAGAAACAGCUUUACAAACUGGAGACGAGAGUGAGGGAGCUGCAGACGGAGUUGAUAGUAGAGCAGAAGAAGAGUGAGGAGUACCACAAAGGAGUGCGCCGCUAUGAGAGAAGAGUCAAAGAGCUCACGUACCAGUCAGAGGAAGACAGGAAGACUCUGCUGAGGAUGCAGGAUCUGAUCGAUAAGCUUCAGACCAAAGUCAAAAGCUACAAAAGACAAGCAGAGAACGCAGAGGAGCAGGUAAGCUGCAGCGCAGUGCGGUUCAGGAAAGUCCAACACGAGCUGGACGAUGCAGAGGAGAGAGCCGACAUUGCUGAGACAACCGUCAACAAGCUGCGGAUUCGAACUCGUGAACAAACCAACAAGGUUGUCACGAUCGCCGAAUGAAGCUCUUCUGCCUCUUCAUCAAAUGUUUGCGUGAUGUUUCUUUGAUUGCUGUGUAUUUUUGCCUAACGUGUUCUAGACCAGAGUCACGGCUGGAUACUUGAAUCUGCUUCGGCUGCCUGUAACCAUGUCAACCUGACUUUAACUUCUCUGCUGUGAAGCUUUGAACUGGUAAACUGGUUCUGUGCAGCGUGAGUGUUGACAGCGAGUAUGUAUGAGAGCUGGUAUCAGUGGAGUCUGGUUGAGCCCAGUCAUAUGGGUUUGUGACAAUAAUGUCCUAAGAACACGGCACCAGAUACUGUACUGCUUAUUUAUCCAUAUGGAAACACUGGGUUUAUGACUAUAAUUUGUUGUUCGUUGUUCCUUCGUAGCCUCAUAAAAGAUGAAAGGAGGUGCUUCUCUAUUAUCUAAAAUGAUUUACUACUGAACUUGACUGUGUUUAAAUGCUUCUGCCUCAGAUCCGUGCAGCUCGUCUCCAUACACUAUGUCCUACUGGCUUCAGCCUCUUAGGCUGAGUGCUGGUGACUAGUUUAGCCCAGAACCAAGCAGCAUUUACACACAAAGUGAAUUAGUUGUUCUAGUGUUCAGGAGCUGGUGGAGACCAAAUCAGAAGCACAACGACUUUUACAUUCAUCAGGUGGAGUCUCAAUGCUGGAACCACUGAUAAAAGCCAAGCAUAGAGUUAAAAUCAGCCAAAACGUCAGGAGUAGCGUUGUUAAUUUGUCUGUUUGUUUACUCUCAUUGUUGAUGUGCAGAGUUUACCUUAAUAAUAAUAAUAAGAAUAAUAAAAACCUUUGUGUUAAGA